AUGGACGGGGAGCAGGCGGCGCGGUGGGCGGCGGCUCAGGAGGGGGUCCCCGUCGGGGCGGACCUUGUCGCGGCCGCGCUGCGGCAGCUGCAGUUCCUCGCGGCGGUGGACCGCCGCCGCUGGCUCUACGACGAGGGCCCGCUGCUCGACAGGGCCAUACGCAGGUACAAAGCAUGCUGGCUUCCCCUUCUUGAUAAGCACAGUAAGGCUGCGGUUGUAGAUGGGCCAUUGGUUGUUCCUCUCGAUUGUGAGUGGAUUUGGCACUGCCAUCGGCUUAACCCGGUUCAGUACAUAAGGGACUGCAAGAAAGUAUAUGGUAGAAUACUGAACAAUAACAAUGUUGAGUCGUCCACUCAAACAAAAUCAACACUUCAGUCAGAAAAGAUUUGGAAAGAGUUGUAUCCUGAGGAGCCUUUCGAAUUGGCGUUCACAAGAACCUCUGACAUUGCCAUGGAUGUGAACCUUGGAGCUGCAGAGGACAUCACCUAUGAUCUGGUCUCUGCUGUUAAGAGACAAUCCUCUUUCUAUUAUCAGGUUGGAACACCAACAAUGCAUGAUCCACGGUUUCUCCAAGAAGCUCUAGCUCGAUACAAGGCAUUUCUGUACCUGAUCAAGAUGAAUCAAGAAAAAGGAUUGCAACGCUUCCGUGUACCGACCUACGACGUGGAUCUCUUGUGGCACACUCACCAGCUGCAUCCUGUUACCUACCGCAACGACAUGGUGAAGCUUCUUGGAAAAGUUCUGGAACAUGAUGACACCGAUGCUGAUCGAUCUGAAGGAAAGAAACUCGAUGUUGGAUUCACCGAGACUACUGAACAGUUUGAGAGUACCUUUGGUGUAAGAUACUGGAAGGCUGGAUGUAUGUACCGUGGCAACAUGCCAUCUCCUGUGACAUCCACUCCUCAGAUAUUAACUACUGAGGUUGGUACGGGGUCUGACAUCUGCAAAGCUCAGAAGGAUCUUAAUGCCCUUGAUAUAACAGCUGUAGAGUUAUAUUUACAAAUUGUGGACAUCAAGAAUUUGCCGUCUGCUGUUCGAAAAGAAAAUGUGUAUGUACGGUUCACCAAGAAUCAAUCAGAUAUGUUUAUCAGUGACGGCGGCAGGUUGGAUAUUUCAACAGUUACAGGGAAGAACACCGGAGUUUGUUUACAGUGUGAACCUACCGGAGAACUCAUUCUUGCAGUAAUGGUUGAUCAGGCAUCAAAGAAACCAGAACCAAUAGGCAAGGUUUCUUUCCCACUGCACGAUUUGAUAGGGCCUGAUUCUAAGCUCUCCUUCGAGAAGUGGUUUGAACUGAAAACUAAUGGUGGGCAUGCCACUUCCCCUCCUGUCAGUCUUCGUGUUGCAGCUUCUGCUACUGUCCCAAGCAGCGCUCAGAAGGUGUUCAGCAUGGUCAGGAUGGAACCUUUCUCUCUCAAGUCGUGUCUUCUGCCACAUUCCAUCAAGGAUCAGAACAUGAGCAGCUGGACUCGUUUUGUAUAUGAUUGUGGUACCGAGCUUAUCCGUCUUCAGAUAAGAGAGCACAAGGCAAAGAAUGGCAUGGCUUCUGUUCGAGAAUUGGUUGGAGUAUUGAAGUCACCAAAAAAGCAAUUUCAGCUUGCAGAAUUCAAGGAAAAUAAGUGGACCCUAAAAGACUCCAACUUGUCAAUUAGUCAUGGCACUGAUGGCAGUCUACUCGAUCUCAAAGGUUUCAACCAACUGAUCAAGCUCUAUCGAGGAAGGAAACUGGAAUACGAGCGCAAAUGCUGCAGCGCUCAUUCUGAGGAUGUUACAGCUGUUACUGCUGUAAAGUUCUGUGCUGAACAUCCAUAUGGCAAAGCUGUUGCCUUGCUAGACACUGAAUCUCAGCUUAUCAUGGUGAAUGAGGAUUGGUUCCUACUUCCAUGGAUCACGAUAUCAGUCCUGUUCAUGGACGCUGAUGACAAGGACAGCGUGAAACUUAUCGGUGGUGCCGUGGUUCAGAAGGAUGCAGUGUUUGGAUCUGACACUAGCAUGGUGCUAGACACACAGACCGUCGGAGCAGGGAGCUUGGCAACGGCUCCUGUACAAUGUGGCACUUGCAGCACGGCGUUCAGUGGUGACAAAGUCAUGACAGCCAGCAAGGCUGAACAUGCUAGCUCUGGUGCUUCUCGCACAGUCGUUGCAAGUGGUGAGAACGGCCACACUGAGUCUGCUGCUGGCUGUGGAAGCGGCUGUGGUGGCAACUGUGGACCCAUGGUGGCUGAGGACUCCAAGGCCGACAAUGCCAAGUCCGGAGGCUGUGGUUCCGGGUGUGGUGGUGUCUGCGGUGGCGGGGGAGGCUGUGGGACCAUGCUGAAGGCCAGCACCAUGGCCAGCGAGGGCCAGUCCAGGUCUGGAGGCUGCGGUGGUGGCUGUGGUUCCGGCUGUGGUGGUGGCUGUGGCAGCGGCAUGGUCAUCAAAGGCUCCAAGACCAACACCACCAAGUCCGGCGGCUGUGGCUCCGGCUGUGGUGGUGGUGGAUGUGGCACUCUGUUCAACGCUAGCACUGCUGCUGGCCAGGGCCUGCCCAAUAAGUCAGCUGGCUGCGGCUCUGGGUGCGGUGGCGGCGGCGGCUGUGGUAGCGGCAUGGCCACCGAAGGCUCGAAGACGGCCAGCCACGCUAAGUCUGGUGGCUGCGGCUCCAGCUGCGGAAGCGGUUGUGGAGGAGGCUGCGGCACCCUGUUCAGCUCCAGCACUGCUGCCGACCAAGGCCAGUCCAGAUCCGGCGGCGGCUGUGGCUCUGGCUGUGGCGGUGGAGGCUGCGGCAGUGGCAGCAUGGUCGCCGAAGGCUCCAACGGUAGGCACGCCAAGUCCGGAGGCUGUGGCUCUGGCUGUGGUGGCGGUUGUGGCGGCGGGGGUGGCUGCGGCACCAUAUUCAACGCGAGUACCAAGGCUGGCGCUGGCGAGGGCCAGACCUCCGGCGGCUGCAGCUCUGGCUGCGUCGGUGGAGGCUGUGGUGGCAGUUGCGGCACCGCGUUCAACGCAUGA